AUGUCGUUGGAAUUCGCUCUCGCGGAGCCCAAUCUGCAUGGCUUCCUGCGCGGCCUCGGGCGCGGGUCCCGGCGCGCUCGGCAGCGCACAUGGCGCCUCAAUUCGCCGAACUAUUGA